CGGCGUUUUACUGUCUGGCUUCAGUGGGUCAAAGAGUGAUUCCGGUUUUGCAAAAACAGGAUUGCAAUGUUGAGCAGGAGAUUAUUACACGGCGGAGUGUCAUUGCUGAGGGGAUGUCGGUUGAUGCAUCACAGCGCCCCCUGCAGGAGCCCCCUCAUCCCCAUUGUGGUGGAGCAGACGGGCCGAGGGGAGCGUGCGUACGAUAUCUACUCACGGCUGCUGAGAGAGAGGAUCAUCUGCGUGAUGGGGCCGAUCGAUGACUCUGUGGCCAGCCUGGUGAUCGCUCAGCUGCUGUUCCUCCAGUCAGAAGGCAACAACAAGCCCAUCCACAUGUACAUCAACAGUCCUGGGGGCGUGGUUACAGCCGGGCUGGCCAUCUACGACACCAUGCAGUACAUCCUGAACCCCAUCUCCACCUGGUGUGUGGGCCAGGCCGCCAGCAUGGGCUCCCUGCUCCUGGCAGCAGGAACCAGCGGCAUGAGGCACUCGCUGCCCAAUGCCAGGAUCAUGGUGCACCAGCCAUCGGGGGGCGCCAGGGGUCAGGCCACAGACAUCGCCAUCCAGGCAGAGGAGAUCCUGAAGCUGAAGAGACAGAUUAACACCAUCUACAGCAAACACACAGGCCAGGCUCUGGACAUCAUAGAGAGUGUGAUGGAGCGGGACAGGUACAUGAGUCCCAUAGAGGCCCAGGAUUUCGGCAUCAUCGACAGGGUCCUGGUGCACCCCCCCCAGGCCGGGGAGGACGAGCCUGCAGUGCUGCAGAAGGAGCCCACCCCGAGCAGUGCCCCCUGCACCCCAACCGAGCCCUCCACCAACCCUCAGCCCCCCCAGGGGACCCCCGCCUCGUCUGCCAAGCCUGAGCCCUGACGCCCUGCUGCCCGGCUCCCGCAGUCGCACUGUCAGAGCCGCCCUGCGGGGGGCGCUCUCACACUUAGGAGGCGGGCCUGUUCCCACCAGCACCUGCCGACUGUGCUGGCGGUGUGGCACAGAGCAGAGAGUCCCUCCAGUCUCUUCCUACACAGGCAGUGAGCCACUGUGGGCAAGACUGGCAGCACAGCACCCUGCAGCAGAACCCACCCGCUCCUCUAUGGACCCGGACCCGCACCCGGACUCAUUUUCCCUGUCCGCUGCUGUUGGACCCUGCUGUCAGUGUCUCCCACUGACCCCCACUGUUUGGUCACUUUUUUUAAAUUAAAAAUGUACCAAAUCGUUUUUUGAUGAAGACUGGUGAAUAUACUUUCUUACCUGCA